AUCCUUUUCACUUGAACUAGUUUUUACUCAUAUCAUUCAUCUCUCAUUGUAUAAAUAACAUCAUUUUAAAAUGCAAAUCAUCGCUUCAACUCCUACAUCUAGAGCUACCACUGCUAUUCUCACAUCAUCUCGUCGUUCCAACAAGACUAAACAACAAACACGUCGUAACUCUUCAGACAAUAAAAAGAUUCAAAACACUAAGGUAGCUACAUUUAAUCCUCAAUAUUUGUCCAUUCCUGCUCAGCAAAAUUGGGAACAACAAAAGCAUGACUUGCUUACUAAGGCGACCUCAGCACGAUCCCACCAUACACCAGACGAGGAAAAAGAAGAGCCUGUGUUCGACAUUGUGUACAGUGCAGGUGAUAUGAUUACUCCACCUCCUUCACCCAAGUCUUCUCCUCAAGUUCCUAGCAUUACUUCUGCUUCUUUCGAGGCUAAUGACCGUAUCUUGACUGUGAAACGCCAUGGUCAGCUCAAAUUGCUCAUGUCUGAAUAUGCCGCUCUCCAAGAGAAAGGUCUUCUUCUCACGGAUCAUACUUAUAAUCUCAUCUUCGAUACAUAUGCCUCUCUCCGUCGUGAUGGCACGCCCUUGGCUCCUAUGUUAAAGAUGUAUGAAGAGAUGCUCCUCUCUGGUAUCCAGCCCAGCAGUUCUACUUAUACUAUUCUUAUUCGCACCUUGUGUAAGCGCGAUGUUGAAGUCCAAAAAGUGAUUGCCAUGUUGAAGCGUCAAAAUGCUCGUUCUUCCAACCAUCAAGGCAAAUCUAACAAUAUGGCUGAAUUAGAAGCCGAGGAAAAUCUCCAAAAGGCUCUUGUAAUUUUUGACGCCGCUGUGUCUGAAAAUCUUGUGCAAUUCUUCGAUGCCGAGCUUUAUAAUCAGAUCUUACGUGUCCUGUCUCACUAUGGUAACACGGAACAAUCCUUGCACGUGUACAACCAACUUGUUAUGAACUCUGUACCCACUUCUGCUACCUUUGCUGCUCUGAUCAACCUCUUUGGCCGUGUUGGUGACUUGCCUUCCGCCUUGUCUUAUUUUGACAAAUACUCUGAACUUAAGGAUAGUGUUGGUCCUCAUGAUGCUUCUUAUGUCUAUAAUGCUCUUGUGGAUGCUCAUCUCAAGUGCCAUCAACUUGAAGGUGCUCUCAGAAUAGUUCGUCAGGAUAUGCAUUCUGGUGAAGUCAAGAUCUCAACUAUUCCUUACAACUCUAUCAUCCGCUACUACUGUAUUCAAAACCAAUUGGCCGAAGCCAAGAAACUUAUCGAGUCCAUGAAGACAUCUUAUCCUCAGCCUGAUGCAAGCAGUUACGGUCCUGUCCUCUCUUCAUAUUGUCAAUUGGGUCUGUUCAAGGAAGCUACUGAAAUGUACGAUGCCCUCAUUCAAACCGAUAUUUCCAAGUCUUAUGGUAAUUUGGCCAACUAUGCUUUGUUGUGUCUUAAGGAUAAGACCAACUGUGCCAAGGUUAUUCAAGUUAUUGAUGAUAUGCGUCGUGCAGGUCUUGAGCCUGAUGCUGUGUUGGCUGAACGUAUUGUAAUUCACUUUGCCAAGCUUGGUCAAAUCAGCCAAGCUAUUAGUGCUCUUGAUUCUAUUUUAGAUGCUAUGAAGGCUCGCUCCCUCUGUAAGGGUAUCGCUAAAAUCAAGAAUGCUGCUGUUGAAAUUGCUGCUUACGCUAAGGGCCAUUUGGAACAAACUUUGGAGAUUGCUCGUAUUAUGACUCCCCACUGCCCUCACGGUCUGCCUUUACAGUUGGCCAAGAUUUUGAUUGAAGACUAUGAGUUUGAUUCUAACCAUGAUCGCCUUGCUCAAUCUGACUAUACUAUCUUAUUUGAUGCUUCUAUCUCUGUUGCGACUGCUGCUACUGGUCCUUCUGCACGCAAGACUUCUCUUUGUCCUAUGCAUCAUUUUGUCUUUGAUAUUCAAUCUGAAAUGGAAUCCAAGGGCCUUAAGGUUUGCCCUAGCAUCAAGUCUCGUGUGUUAUCUCAUUUUAACCGUGCUGGUGACAAGAAGAGCGCUCAAAAGUGGGAAUCUCUUUUCAAUGUCAAAAUUGAAGGCUUUGCUGCUGUUGUCACUCAGCCCAGUCCUCUUGUGGGUGAGUCUGAAGAGGCUUCUGCUGCUGUUAUGAAGGCUGCUAUUCAUACUCAAUUAGAUGAAGCCCUUGAUAUCUUGCGUACUCGUCUUGUUGAUGCUGGUUUGGUGCCUGUUGCUGAACCUCUUCGUGAUGCUAUUGCUUUUGUAGGCAAGCAAGGUCAUCUUGAUACUGCUGUCACCAUGUACCAUCUCUCUGUUAAGUGCUUCAAGAACUCUGGUUUGGACUCUCAACGCGUUGAACGUGCUAUUUACAUGAUGACCAACAGUAUCCUUAUUGGUUAUGCUCAACAAGGUGAUAUGGUCAAUGCCAAGAAGUACUAUGAACAAAUCAAAUUAAUGGGUCGUUAUCCUGAUGGCAAUGGUUAUGCUAGCCUUUUGCUUGGUUCUGCUAAAUGUGCUACUGAUGAAGCUACUGAUGCUUUGAUUAUCUAUGAUGAAGCCAAGCGUCGUGAUGUCAAGCCUACUACUUUCUUUUAUAAUGUUGUGAUUUCCAAAUUGGCCAAGGCUCGCAAGUUGGAUGCUGCCAUGAAAUUGUUUGAAGAAAUGCAAAGCUUCAAGAUUAUGCCUAAUUCUAUUACCUAUGGUGCUAUUAUCUCUGCCUGUGUUCGUGCUGGUUCUGAACCCUUGGCUCAUAAGCUCUUUGAUGAAAUGUUGGCUUCUCCUAGCUUUCAACCUCGCAUAGGACCCUUUAACAACAUGAUUCAAUUCUAUGUUCGUCAACAGCCUGAUCGUGAACGUGCCUUGGAAUACUUUGCUGAACUUCGUCGUCGCCAUAUCAAGCCCUCUGCUCAUACUUACAAGCUCUUGAUGGAAGCUUAUUCUUUGAUUGCUCCUUAUGACAUGCCUACUGCUCAUUGUAUGCUGAGCGAUAUGGAACGCUGUGAUCACAUUCGUCCUCAAGGUACUCAUUAUGCUACUUUGAUCUACUCUUAUGGUACUCUUCAACAUGAUGUUCAGAGUGCAGAACGCGUUUUUCAAGACAUGGAAACUAAUCAUGUUACCAAGGAUGAAGUUGUCUAUCAAGCCAUGUUAGAUACUCUUGUAAGCAAUGAUCAAUUAGAACGUGCUGAGCAACUGUAUACUGAAAUGCAAGGUUCAAUUCAAAAGAGUUCUUCUCCUUAUAUCGAAAAUGUCUUUAUUCGCGGCUAUGGACAAAAGGGUCUUUUGGAAAAGGCAAAAGCUAUGUUUGAUGCUAUGACUGAUGACAAGAUUAAUGGUGAAGACGAUUGUUCUGUUAUCCGUGAACCAAGUACUUAUGAAGCCAUGGUCCGUGCCUACGUUGUCAACGAUAAAAUGGCUGAAGCCAAGCAUAUCUUGAAACUCAUGCUUGAACGUGAAUUCCCUGAAAAAGUUACUAGCUUAGUUGCUGAACUCAUUCCUACUGCUUAAAUUCAUAUAUAUCUUUUAUAAUUGCAUUGUAUAUAUAAUAAACAUCUUGUACAUAU